AUGAGUUUCACGAAGGCGAGUCAUUAUUUCAUUGGAAUAAUGAUUCUCCUUUUGAUUUUCAAUUCAGGUGCAACCUGCUGGAAAAUAAAGAAUAUUUUCAAGCGAAAAAAGGAAAAAAGUAAACAGAUCAGAGUAUUGGAAGACCAGGCAAAGAAGCAAUUUGACAGGCAAAUACCUAAUUGUGAAGAUUAUGGUUUACAUGGAUGUGACCCAACUACCCCAGACGCAUGUUCAGAAUGUUAUAGUCGAUGCGGAAGACAUUGCGAAGAUUUCUUGUGGCUUUCACUUGAAGCUGUGAAUUUUAGGUUGUUGCCAAGAGCGGAGUCCCAGAAAGAAUGUAAACUCCCAAGUGGAAAAAAAAGCACUAGAAUUCUGUGUUAUACCACUGCAGGAAGACGGCAUAUCGAUCCAACUGAACAAAUUAUAGAAACAAUGUCCAUAUCCAAUCCUCAAGAUAUAGAAGGAAGUCCAACACAAGUCAACGAAGUCGAAAGUAUGGCUCCCGAUAAUUUACCAGGUAUUUAUGCAGUUCCAAUGACUCAAAAAAUGCAAGAAGAAAGCGAAUCAUCACCAUAUGAUGCAUCCGCAGUAACAUUUAGACCAUCCGGUCAAAAGGGAACUUUAGUUUCAUCUAUAGAGUUGGAAAUGAACGGCGGGAAACUCCCCAGUAAUUUGGAAAGUGGGUCAAAUACAAGAAUUAUUAUUAUAUGUGGAUUAAUACUAUUCGUUUCUGUUGGUGCAUUGUUUAUAGUUAUUAUAUAUAAAAAGCGUCAGAAACGCGUUGCAGACUACUAA